AAGGCGAUUAAGAUGGCGGCCGGUGCCGCGCAGGGGCUCUCUCCCCGCUGCCGACUCUAGGGAAGAGCUCGCCCAGCACACUCGCCCUCUUGAAGACGUGGAUGCCCAGUUAGCCAUUACAGCUUUUCCUGCCUUAGUUGCCCCACCCGCUUCACUACUCAGCCCGGGUCUACCUAUUCCGGCCCUCGCUCCUCACAGCAGCCCAGUACAAUGGGGGUGCAAGGUUUCCAGGAGUUCCUGGAGAAGCGCUGCCCCGGGGCCGUGGUGCCCGUCGACCUCUUGAAGUUGGCCAGGACAGUGGCCCGACAGCAGCACCGGGCAGGCCUGUCACCUGGGGGUUACCCUCCGGCUCCUCCACCGCCACCUCCUCCUCCACAACCACAGCACCCUUCGGCUGCUGGUCCCCCGCCCUGCCGGGUAUUGGUGGACGCGGACUCGGCCCUGCAGCGGCUCUAUGGGGGUUACCAGACGGACUGGGUGUGCGGCGGCCAGUGGAAUGCCAUGCUGGGCUACCUAGCGGCGCUGUCUCAGGCCUGCCUCUACCAGGGGGGGCUGGAGUUGGUGGCCAUGUUCAACGGGACUCUGGCCAAGGAGAGGCUUCCCGAGUGGGCCCGGCGGGCUCAGGGCGAGAGGCAGACGGCUCAACUCAUUGUCAGCCACGUCGGGAACAAGGGCACCCCGCCCCCCCGGGCCUGGUUCCUGCCUCCGGCCUGCCUGGCGCACUGCAUUCGCUUGGCAAUGAUCCGGUUCCGUGUGAAGGUGUUCCAGAGUCUGGAGGAUCAUCACCUGGAGGUGGUUUCCUUCUUCCGGGAGAGCGGCUUCCACGGUCUCAUCGCCCACGACUCGGAGUAUGCGCUCUGCAACAUUCCUUCUUACUACAGCUCGCACGCGCUCAAACUCAGCUGGAACGGGAAGAACCUCACCACCAACCAGUUCCUCAUGCAGGAGGUGGCCAAGCAGCUGGGUCUCAAGAUGAGCAACUUUCCCAUCUUUGCUGCCCUGUUGGGCAAUCACAUCCUUCCCGACGAGGACCUUGCAGCGUUUCACUGGAGCUUGCUGGGACCAGAUCAUCCACUGGCGUCUUUAAAGGUUCGCGCUCACCAGCUUGUCCUGCCGCCUUGCGACGUGGUGAUUAAAGCCGUCUCGGAGUACGUGGGAUCCAUCAAAGAUGCAUCAAAUCUGGACGCGGUGGGAAAAGAAAUCUUCAGACACUCGCAGUCCAGGACAGAAGAUAAGAUAGAGCGUUUCAAGAAAGCCGUGGAAUAUUAUUCAGUAGCAACCAAGCAGCGUCCGCCGCAGCUCAACGCGUCCCCUUUUGUUGUUGCAGGGUACGGACCCAGUCAGUUCGGAGUACCGCCGCUACAUCAUGGCCAGAUGGGAGGCAUGCCGCUCGCUAAACCCGUGUUCGGACACCACAUGCAAGCCAAGAUGCAGUAUCCGCACCCCUUUCCUCCAGGGCCCAACUCUGGCUUCUUGUUUUCUCCCCACCCCUUGGGCGACUUGCCCCACUUCCACGAUGAAAGCAUGUUAAAGGGUGGGCCGUUCUCAGGGUGGUCUCUUCCCUAUGAUUCUUCUGCUUCCAAGUUCCCCAAUCAUCUGACUAUAAAGCCCUCUCCAUCAUCCGGCCAGGAAUCUUCACCAUCUUCUUCAUCUGAUGAAGAUCAGGAUGGGGCUACUGCCAACCACGUCACCGAAACCCGUCAACACAAGUCUAGCUGGGAGGAAUCGUCUGGGGAGAAACACUCCCAAUCCUGGAACCAGCAAGCAGGACCCGGCGAGCCGAACCCCACCAUGGGGAACACAGAAUCGCAGAUUCCAUCCUUACUGUCCAUGGCAACUCGCAAUCACAUGGAUAUCACAACGCCACCUUUGCCUCCGGUGGCUCCUGAGGUCCUGCGAGUGGCCGAGCACAGACAUCGUCGUGGUCUUAUGUACCCGUAUAUCUAUCAUGUCCUCACCAAGGGUGAAAUCAAACUUCCUGUCUGCAUCGAGGACGAGUGCAACACGGACCUCCCCCCGGCGGUGAUCCUUUUCCGACCGGCCCGCCAGUACGUCUACGGAGUUCUCUUCAGUCUGGCCGAGACGCAGAGGAGGCUGGAAAGGCUGGCCAUGCGCAGGCGCCUCCCUGUGGAUGUGCCCCCAGUGAUUAUAAAGGAAUGGUCGGCCUACAAGGGGAAGUCUCCACAGACUCCGGAGCUGGUGUCCGCCUUGACCUUCAGAGAGUGGACCUGUCCUAACUUGAAGAAGCUAUGGCUCGGCAAAGCUGUGGAGGACAAGAACCGCCGGAUGAGAGCUUUCCUGGCCUGCAUGAAGUCCGAUACUCCCAGCAUGCUGAACCCGGCCAACGUACCCACGCAUCUCCUCCUGAUGUGCUGCGUGCUGAGGUAUAUGAUGCAGUGGCCCGGAGGACGGAUAUUACUCAGGCACGAGCUGGACGCGUUCUUGGCGCAAGCCGUCUCCGCGCAGCUCUACGAACCAGAUCAGCUACAGGAACUCAAGAUUGAGAAGCUGGACGCCCGGGGAGUGCAGCUCGCGGCCCUGUUCAUGAGCGGGGUGGACACUGCGCUUUUCGCCAACGAUGCCUGCGGCCAGCCGGUCCCCUGGGAGCACUGCUGCCCCUGGAUCUACUUCGACGGAAAGCUAUUCCAGAGCAAGCUGAUCAAAGCGGGACGGGAGAAGGUUCCUUUAAUUGAGCUGUGUGAUGGGCAGGCAGAGCAGGCUGCCAAGGUGGAGAAGAUGAGGCAGAGUAUCCUGGAAGGAAUCAAUCUGAAUCGCCAGCCACCUCCCCCUCUCCUGCCUCCACCACCUUUCAUGCCCCCCAUGAUGCCACCGUUUUACCCCGUCUCCCUGUAUCCAAGAGCCAUGGGCUCCAUGCCCCCUCCACCACCUGGAAGGAACCGAGGCUUUUCAGGCGUUCAUCCCAUUCCUCCACAAGGGGGAAAACUAGAAAUCGCCGGGAUGGUGGUAGGCCAGUGGGCCGGCAGUAAACCCUCCCGUGGCCGAGGAGCAUUUGGCAUGCAGGUGGUGUCUGUUGGUGGCCCAGGAAAAGGUCGUGGAAGAGAAGCUCCUAACAAAGUAACUAAAACCAACAAAAAGGUGAACAAGCAGGGUUCGACAGACAGUCGCAGCACCUCCCAGGUGAACGGGACCAGCGGCAGCACCGCGCCGGAGGAAGAAUCCAGCCCUCAAGCCCUCGCAUGUGCCUUAUCCAGAGAGUGCAGCGACCCCUGCAGCAACGGCAGCCCCCCGCACUUCACCGGUAUAACCAGCGAGGGCAGCGACGUUUGCCAGGACGACAAACUGGGGCCCACGGCCCUUCAGAAAGAGGAGUGAGCAGCGCAGGGGCAUGCAGGGCCAGCGUUUGCCGAGGAAGAGGAGUGUGAUGGAGCGGAGCGCUGGAAAGGGAACAGGCAACCCCAGGACUUCUUAGGUAGGCAGCACCCCCCACC